AUGAACGCAACCACCAUUCUCCUUAUCCUUUUGAUAUCUCUUGGUCUUGUGAAAGCGAGAAGCUCUCAUCGCCACCAUGACUCUUUCGAUUCUUUCGAAUCGACGACGAGAAGUGAGGACAGUUUGGAAGAACCCCGGCUUUCGAUUCAGGACACCGAGCUUCAAGUUGCUCAUGAGGGAAAAGUGAAACACAAAAUGGGAGCAACUUUUAGAGGUCGAGCCAAAAACGAGCAGAAAAUCUAUGAGAGGAGUGAGAAAAAUUCUGGGGAUGAAAUCGAGGACAACGAUGAGAGAUCAAUCCCUUUACAACCACCAACCUUCCCCACUGAAAUGGUAAGGCUU